AUGUCGAACAUACUUCUCUUCGGCGAUCAAACCGCCGAACAAUACCCGCUCCUCCAUCGAAUCGUUCUCCGAAAGGACAAUGUCUUGCUGCUCAGCUUUGUCGAGCGUUGCGCUCUUGCUCUCCGCGAAGAGACUCGCACCCUGUCCCGAAGCCAACGCGAAGUGAUGCCGGACUUCCUCACCCUCAGCAAUCUGAUCGAGGCAUACUACCAGAAGGGUGAAAAAGUCCUCAUGUUGGAAUCAGCAUUUCUUACGAUUGCCCAGCUCGGGCACUACAUCGGUUACUUCUCGGAGAACCCCAGCGAGCUUCCUGCAGUAUCCGACACACGUGUGCUUGGCCUCUGCACUGGUCUGCUGGCUGCCUCUGCGGUUGUCUCCGCCAAGACCGUGGAGGAGCUUGCGAUUGUUGGUGUCGAUUUCGUCCGCAUCGCCUUUCGCUCGGGAGCUGUGGUCGACAAUGUCCGGUCGAUGCUCGGACAGAGCAGCCAAGACAAGUCGACCUGGUCUACGAUUAUCUCUGGUCCCUCCGAGGUAGAUGUUAAAGACGCUCUGACCUCUUUCCACGAGGCCAGUGGUAUUCCGCGAUCGAACCAGGCGUAUGUCAGUGCGGUCUCCACGAUGGCACUCACUGUCUCCGGACCCCCCAUCACCGUCGAACGAUUCUUCCAGGAGUCGUCACUGAUUAUCAAUCAUCGUGUUUCAAUCCCCAUUUAUGGCCCAUACCACGCUGGACAUCUUUUCGGCGAGGCCGAAUGCGAACGUAUUCUCAGCGGUGAGGUUGGCCAGGAGCUCCGCAAGCACAUGCCUGCUUCCCUUGUUCAUUCCGCUGCGACCGGCAAGCCCAUCGUCUCGGAGAAUGCCUACGAACUGGCCAAGCUUGCCCUCGGCGAGAUACAUCAAUAUCCGGUACGCUGGGAUUACCUCCUCGAGGAAACGGUUGCCCAGAUCGGCCAUUACCCUUGCGGCGCCAAGAUCUUCGCGCUCGGUGCCAGCAACAUUGCGACCAGUCUGUCGUCCGCGCUCAAAGCUGGUGGCCAAGCGGAUGUAAUGAUUGUUGACGAAGCGUCAUUUGUCGAGACCAAGAAAUAUACUGGUCGAACGCAAACCGACAAGAUCGCCAUUGUUGGUAUGGCCGGAAGAUUUCCCAACUCUGCCAACCACGAGGCGCUGUGGGAUCUACUCAUGAAGGGCUUGGACGUCCAUCGCAAGGUGCCGGCCGAUCGGUUCGACGCCGAUGCUCACUGCGACCCUUCCGGCAAGGGUAAGAACAAAUCUCACACGCCUUUCGGUUGCUUCAUCGACGAGCCCGGUCUCUUUGAUCCUCGCUUCUUCAACAUGUCGCCACGUGAAGCCGCUCAAACCGAUCCGAUGGGUCGGCUGGCUUUGGUCACCGCGUAUGAAGCGCUGGAGAUGUCUGGAUAUGUGCCCAAUCGCUCGACUUCCACCAAGCUCAACCGCAUCGGCACAUUCUACGGACAGACUUCCGAUGACUGGCGUGAGAUCAAUGCCGCGGAGAAUGUCGACACCUACUACAUCACUGGCGGUGUACGAGCAUUUGCGCCCGGUCGCAUCAACUACUACUUCAAAUUCUCCGGACCUUCCUACUCCAUCGACACCGCCUGCUCAUCCUCCCUUGCCGCGAUCCAGCUUGCUUGCACCUCCUUGUGGGCGGGCGACUGUGACACCGCUUGCGCUGGCGGUUUGAACGUUCUCACCAACCCAGACAUUUUCUCUGGUCUUUCCAAGGGCCAGUUCUUGUCCAAGACUGGUGGCUGCAAGACGUACGACAACGACGCCGAUGGCUACUGCCGUGGCGAUGCCUGUGGUACUGUGAUUCUCAAGCGCUACCAGGAUGCUGUCGCCGACAAGGACAACAUACUCGGAUGCAUUCUUGGAGCUGCCACCAACCAUUCAGCGGAGGCCGUCUCGAUCACCCACCCUCACGCCGGCGCGCAAGAGUUCUUGUACAAACAGGUGCUCGCCAAUGCUGGCAUCGAUGCUCACGAGAUCAGCUACGUGGAAAUGCAUGGCACUGGUACUCAGGCUGGAGACGGUAUUGAGAUGACAUCUGUCACCAACGUCUUUGCUCCUCGUCGCCGCCAGCGCAAGCCUGAACAGACUGUUCACCUUGGCGCCAUCAAAGCCAAUGUCGGCCACGCCGAAGCUGCGUCCGGCAUCAAUUCACUUGUCAAGGUCCUGAUGAUGAUGAAGAACAACAAGAUUCCGGCCAAUGUCGGUGUCAAGGGCGAGCUCAACAAAACCUUCCCUGCCGACUUGAAAGACCGCAAUGUGCACAUUUCUCUCAAGCAGGUGGACUGGCCACGCAAGACCGAGGCUCCUCGCAAAGUCUUCCUCAACAACUUUUCCGCCGCUGGGGGCAACACUGCACUCCUCAUCGAAGAUGGUCCAGUCCACAAGAUGCCAAACGGUGUCGAUCCUCGCAGCACCCUGCCAAUUACGGUAACUGCUCGAUCCAUCGGUUCUCUCAAGAGAAACCUCAUGAAUCUUCAGAAGUAUGUCGCUGAGAAUGGCAGCACUACUCUACCUUCUUUUUCGUACACUUUGACCGCACGACGAAUUCAACACAACUACCGUGUUGCUUUCCCUCUGGCGGACAUCAGCAAGGUUGCCGACGCUCUGGAGGCUCAAGCCAAAGACUCAUACAGCCCAGUCCCCAUGGUGACCACCAAGACUGCUUUUUGCUUCACUGGUCAGGGCUCUCAAUACACCGGUCUUGGCCAGAAACUUUACCAAGAUCUGAAGAGCUUCCGCGAUGACAUUGAUCAACUCGACCAGAUGGCUCGCAUCCAAGGCUUGCCUUCGUUCUUGGAGCUGCUCGAUGGAACUGAUGUCCAAACUUUGUCUCCAGUCAAGGUCCAACUCGGCAUGGCCUGCAUCCAGGUCGCACUCUCUCGCAUGUGGGCUUCGUGGGGAGUCACGCCAACUGCAGUCAUAGGUCACAGCUUGGGAGAAUACGCAGCACUUCACGUCGCUGGUGUCAUCUCUGCAUCGGACAUGGUCUUAUUGGUCGGUCGCCGUGCCGAGCUUCUCGUCCGCGAGUGCACGCCUCACACACAUGGCAUGCUUGCUGUCAAGGGCGGAGUCGAGGCCAUUCGCAAUGCACUUGGUAUUAACAUGACCGAAAUUGCGUGUAUCAAUGGUCCGGAGGAGACGGUCCUCUGCGGCAGCAGUGAUGUCGUCGCCGCUGCUAACGACACCCUUGGAAAGAACGGUUUCAAGGCCACUAAGCUCAAUGUGCCAUUCGCCUUCCACUCUGCACAGGUCGAUCCCAUUCUGGACGAGUUCCGAAAGGUGGCUUCCUCAGUCACUUUCAACAAGCCCUCGGUCCCGAUACUCUCGCCUCUGGUGGGUAUCGUUAUCCGCGACGGCGGAAUAAUCACCGCCGACUACCUUGCUCGCCAUGCUCGAGAGACUGUCAACUUCUCGUCUGCUCUUCUCAGCGGGCAGAAAGAGGCCGUCUUCGAUGAGAAGACCGCGUGGCUCGAAGUUGGUGCCCACCCGGUCUGUUCUGGCAUGGUCAAGGCCUCGAUUGGUACCACGAUCACAGCACCUUCCCUUCGCCGUGGCGAGGAUGCCUGGAAGACCAUCUCGACCAGCAUCUGUCAUUUGUUCACCGCUGGUGUCAAUUUCAAUUUCGACGAAUUCCACCGCGAAUUCAACGAUGCUCAAGAGCUCCUCACGUUGCCGACGUACUCUUUCGACAACAAAAAGUACUGGCUCGACUACCAUAACAACUGGACCCUCACCAAAGGCGAGGUGCAAAAGACCAAAGAGGUCAUUGUUGAGAAGGAGAUCGUUGCACCUGUCAUCGAAGUGCCUGCGAAGCGCCUUUCGACUUCUUGCCAGAACGUCAUCAGCGAAGAAUUCGAUGGCAACCGAGCUACUGUGGUCAUCCGCUCAAACUUGGCUGACAGCAAGCUGUAUCCAGUCGUUUGUGGCCACAUGGUAAACAACGCUGCACUCUGCCCGUCCUCGCUCUACGCCGACAUGGCUUUGACUGUCGGUGACUACAUCUACAAGGAGCUUCAGCCGGGUGUUGAGACUCCGGGCAUGAAUGUGUGCAAUAUGGAAGUGCCCAAGCCGUUCAUCGCCAACAUCCCGCAGCCCGCUGAAGGACAACAUCUGGAAAUGGAGGCGACUGCUGAUCUCGAUCUCGGGACCGUGUCUCUCAAGUUCCGCAGUGUGCAUCCAGAUGGCAAGAAGAUCCAAGAUCAUGCCUUCUGCACCAUCCGCUACGAAGACAAAGCUGUCUGGGCGAGCGAGUGGACCCGAUACAACUACAUGGUCAAGGCGCAGAUCGACAUGCUCACCGCAAGGACAAUGACCGGCGGCGCUCACAAGGUCCAACGCGGCAUGGCAUACAAGCUGUUCAAAGCUCUUGUCAAUUAUGACGACAAAUACCGGGCCAUGGCCGAAGUCGUCCUGGACGGAGCCAACACUGAAGCAUCUGCUGCUAUCGACUUCCCGACCAAGCCAGACGAUGGUGACUUCUACUGCCCACCAUAUCACAUUGAUGGUGCUUGCCACAUCUCUGGCUUCAUCGUCAAUGCAUCGGAUCUUCUCGAUUCCGAGCAGAACGUUUACGUAUCCCACGGCUGGGGUGCGAUGAAGUUCUCCCGUCCUCUGGUCGCCGGCAUGAAGCUCCGCAACUACGUUCGCAUGGUGCCACAGCCAAACAACAUUUCCAAGGGAGAUGUCUACAUCAUGGAAGGUGAUGAGAUUGUCGCAGUCUGCGAAGGCAUCAAGUUCCAGCAGAUCCCUCGCAAGGUCCUGAAUGUAUUCUUACCUCCGAACAAGGGAUCUGCGGUUCAAGCGAAGCCUUCGCCCAUCGCUCAGAGACCUGCGCCAGUUCGUGCUUCGGUCGCUGCUCCAGUCAAGCGCAUGCUGGCACCUGCGCCUGUUCGCAAGAGUGCCGGUCCAGCAAAGGCUGCCGCUGCACCGUCCAUGCCGAAGCCGAGCAAGGUUGCUGCCAAGAAGCCCGCUGGAAGCAUGGUCGACAAGGUCUUGACCAUCCUCUCGAAAGAGACAGAGGUCGACGUCGCCGAGCUGGUGGACGAUGCACACUUUGAAAACCUUGGUGUCGACUCGCUGCUCUCUCUCACGAUAUCCGCCAUCUUCCGCGAGGACUUGAGUAUGGAGAUCAGCCCUUCUCUCUUCACCGACUACCCAACAGUCGGUGAGAUGAAGAAGUACUUCUCGCAAUUCAACAACGUCGAAAGCACCACAGAAUCCGAGGAUGACUCUGACACUGAUUCUCUGGCCACCACAGACGUAGCGACUCCUUUCGACGAGAUGUCAACGCCUGCUAGCUCCGCUCCAAGUGUUCCACAAUCUGAUGCUGGCAAGCCAAGUCCCGACUCGCCAACAGGAGACUCCCUUUCUGAUGAUGUCGGUGAUGUCUCCAUCGCUCGCCACAUCAUCGCUCAGGAGAUGGGAGUCGACAUCAGCGAGGUCACAGAUGACGCCGAGCUUGCUGAGAUGGGCAUGGACUCGCUCAUGAGCCUGACCAUUCUCGGCGAACUUCGAGAGAAGACCGGCAUCGAUCUUCCCGGCACGUUUCUCAUGACAAAUCCCACCCUGGUGGAUAUCGAGAACGCUCUCGGUAUGCGACCCAAGCCAAAGGCGGUCGGACCGAAACUCUCGAAACCUUCAACAAAGACGGAUAUGAACGAGGUAUCCUCGCGAUUGACUGCCAUCAACAAGACCGAUAUCUCACAGUAUCCUUCUGCAACAUCUGUCCUCCUCCAAGGCAAUCCCAAGACUGCCACAAAGAAGGUGUUCUUCCUACCCGACGGAUCAGGCUCAGCCACCAGCUACGUCUCGAUUCCCAACAUCGGUCCUCAUGUCGCCGCAUUCGGACUCAACUGUCCGUUCAUGAAGGAUCCUGAGCAAUGGCAAUGUGGGAUCGAAGUCUCCUCCCUCAUCUACCUGGCCGAGAUUCGCCGUCGCCAGCCUAAAGGACCAUACAUCAUCGGCGGCUGGUCGGCUGGAGGCGUGAUCGCUUAUGCCGUCGCUCAAGCUCUUCUCGCAGCCGGCGAGAAGGUCGAGAAACUCCUCCUUCUCGACUCACCUUGCCCGGUCAACCUCGCUCCACUACCUACUCGUCUUCACGUCUUCUUCAACGAGAUCGGUCUUCUUGGCACCGGCGAUCCGGCCAAGACACCCAAGUGGUUGCUGCCUCACUUCUCCGCUGCCAUUCGCUCUCUUUCUGCCUAUGACCCGAAGCCGACCAUUGCUGAAUUGCCAACAUAUGCUGUCUGGUGCAAAGAUGGCGUCGCUGGGAACCCAGGCGACCCACGCCCACCUCCAGCUGAAGAGGAGGAUCCGGCGCCAAUGAAGUGGUUGCUCAACCACCGCACCGACUUUUCAGAUAAUGGUUGGGCACAGCUGUGUGGUCAGAACAUGAAGUUUGGAGUCAUGGGAGGUCAUCAUUUCUCCAUGAUGAAAGACCCCCACGCUUCUGAGCUGGGUCAAUUGAUCAAGGAAGGCAUCGAGUGGAAGGCAUAA